AGUCUCUUCCCUCUUUCCUCCUCCUUACUCUCCCCUCUUCUUCUACCAAUUAGACAAUACAAAACCCUCGAAUCUCUUCGCCGUUUUCCGAUCGGAAAAAAUGGGAAGAGAGUGGUACCGAGCGGCCGGAGGAAGAACUUCCGAGCCGAAAAAAGAUGCCAAAACGGCGUGGUGGGGCGGUGGAAACAGCCGGAGCAAGAGUGUGACGAAGGAGACGAGUAGUGAUGCAACUGUCGCAGGUUGUAUGAACGUCGUGUUUCACUUAUUCGAUUUUCACCAUUUCCGCUUCCCCGAUACGAGUGAGAUCGAAAACGACGACUCUCUUCCUAAAGGAGUGGAGGCACCGAGGAAUAGCUUGGAAUCGACAGAGGAGGCUCCAUUGUCACCUAUCCGAAGAGAUGAUCAUUUGAAUCUCUCUAUCAAGACCAAACCAACAAGAUCAUCUGAACUCGAAUCUCUUACAAGCAAUGAAUCUUCUUAUUCUCCAACCACCAAGACACCGACUUUGGUCGCUAGACUCAUGGGUCUCGACCUUCUUCCCGACAAAUCUCUCAUUUCACCAUCUUCUUCCCCUACUACUUGCUCAUCGGCCUUUUCCGUAGAUCUUGGAACACCAAAUCUCCGUACAAGAAGAACUCAGGGCAAAAGACACAAACAUCACUCUCUCCGUAGGAACUCGGUCGAUGGAGGCACUCGCUCUCUCCCCGAGACGCCGAGGAUUUCGUUAGGAAGGAGGUCGGACGCUGACUGUUACCAACAACGCUUGACGUCGUCGUCUCUUCACAUCAACAGACACGACACGAACGUGUCUGAAUCGGAACAAGAACACGGACAUGUUCGGUUCUCGAGCUCGAGGCUGAAGGAGAUGAAGACGAACGACGAUAAAGAGAAUCCGAGUCCAAGGAAGUACGCAAGCCAGAUCGUGAUGCAGUUGGAGGAGGGCGUUAGUCGAAGAAUGGGCAGUGACAUUACCAACACCAUGAGAAACAAAGAACAAGCUAGAGAUCAUCAUCAUCAUCAUAACGAUUCCAAGAAAGCUUCCAAGAACACAAGUAAUGAUUCAUCGCCCAGAUUGAGAUUCUUGGAAAACCAGAAAGCAAAACCACCACCACCUUCACAGACAAAUGUUGCCCAGAUCGUGGAAGACAAGCCAAGGUUAUGGAGAGUGAAAGAAGAGCCGCAGCCGAAACUGGCUCAAGAAGAAGAACAGAAGCAAGAGCGAGAAACUCGAAGAAAGGCCGUGAAGAAAUGCAAGAAACCAGCAGAGAACGAGAUGAAAUUCGGUUCGAGACUGGUGAAACCGCCUCAGACAAUGCAGGAGGAGCCGUUUGUUCGAUCACCGGUCGGUAAUCAAUCAUCUAAUUCUAGUAAUCAUCAUCAUCAUCAUCAUCAUCAUCAAGGAGACAAGAAGUGCAAGAAAACUCCCCUGUCGAAUGAGCUCUUGAACUUAACAAGUGUUCCAUGUCUUCUUCCCGUCAAGAAGAAGGACCCGUCAAAUUUAUAUGGGGAUGUGUUAAAGGUCACGAAAACUCAACCGCCGAGAAACAGGUCAGAGUUUCUUAGAUGUCGGAGCCAAACUCAAACUUACGUUGUCCGGAAAGAUAUCCUAACCAAUACAACCUCCUUCGCCGCCGCGGCCUCCUCCUCCUCCUCCGAGGAGUUAGAUUACAUCACCAGAAUCUUCCGACGAACUGGAAUCGACAAAAACACACCAAUCUCCCACGCGAAAUGGUUCUCUCCUUCUCAUCCUCUCGACCCUUCAAUCUUCUACUCCCUCGAACAUUUCGCCAUCACCUCGGCCCGGACCAAGAGCUCGCCGGAAAAUCUGGGUCUCCGUUAUAAUAGGAAACUAUUGUUCCAUUUAGCCGACGAGAUCCUCAUCGAUGUCUUAAAGCCUCACAUGAACAUGAAACCGUGGGUAGGCCAUUACCCAAUUCUAUAUCGCCGAGAUCUUCGCGGGUCGGAGCUGAUCGACGAGUUGUGUCGAAAAAUCGGGGAGUUCCCGUUGUCGGACUGUCAAGUUCUCGGAGAUAUUGAUGCUCUGGUCGCCGGAGACUUACCGGAAACGAAGCGUCGGAGACAGUUGGCGUUCGAAGAGGAAGGGGAAGCGGUCGUCACGGAGCUCGAGAGGCAAAUCCUCGAGACGCUCGUGAGCGAAACGACGAUGGAUUGCGUCAGGGUCACCAAACGCUGUCGUUUCUGGGAAUGGUGUCAGUGUCACGUGAUGAGAUGCUCUUAAAAUUAUGGGACCCACUUCAUCCACGUGGUGGAAAGUAGGCGUAUCUGACAUGUGUCUAUAAGUGAUUGGCUUUUAUUUCAUGUAGAGAUUUUCUCAAUUUGGUGCCCUUUUUUAAUUUUUUUUUGUAAAAAUUCAAAAUUUGGGGAGUGGUAAUGUAAUGUAACAUAAUAGUUUUUGUGUUCUUAAUGUAUUUUAA